CGCAGCUCGAGGCAUAUAUACGUCACUCUGUAAUGUCGUCUUAGCUCCUUGGCUAUACAGCGGGCAAGGCAAACCUAUACUAUGGACUCCACCUACGCCUACGCACCCCUAAGACCCAACGGACCGGCCUACAACGCCGGCCCAGUGCAGCCCGCCGAGCUGGUGGAAGCCUUACGGACGUGGCAACUCAGCUCAGCGGAUGCUCCUACCGGCAGGACCCGUAGAAAAAGCUCGUGCGCCCGCCUCCGUGACGCCUUUGCCAACCAGAAACUGGAGAGUGUGAGCGAGGAUUCAGAGAUGGACGACAACGUCCUUCCGCCUAGUUCGUCUUGCCCUCCCCAGUUCGGGGUCCGCUCCUACCUGCACCAGUUCUACGAGGACUGCGCGGGCAUCCGGCGGAACAGCCUGGACAGCCCCCCGUACGACAACCCAUACCUUUCCGACGACUUCCGCUACCUGAUCAACCCCAAGCCGAGGAAGUCCACCUACAUCUGGUGGAAGGUCGCGAUGGUGUGUGGGUUCAGCCUGCUGGCGUUCGGGGCCGUGGCCCUCAUGGCGGGGUACCUGGUUCCGCAGCGUCGGGAGCUGGUCGGGUAUCUAGGCGGGGUGCCGGUGGUGGACUCCACAGCGACAGACUUGAACUACAAACUGGACGCCUGUAAGUUAGCAGGACUGAUACUCCUGUGUGCAGGGGGGCUCACUGUGGCUUUCUCGCUCCUCGUCCCCAGUUUCCUGCACGGAUACAUGGAAAAAGAGCUGCUGAUGCAGGAAAGCUUCAAGGAGCGGAUCGCUACAGGUGAGACCAGUAUGGGGCCAGCCCAGGCGGCUGCGGUGGAGGGGAUCCCCCUUACCGAGCAGGUUCAGAACGUGCAGCCCGAGAGGCGAGCUCUGGGGCCGACCGAGACCGCAGAACCAGCAACAAGCACCUCGGAGUGACCCUUCAGCGACAGGAAAGUCACGAAUUUGUCCCAAUUGACCCUAUAUAAUGACCCAAUACUAAAGUCACACGUGCUUAAAGUCACAUGUCCUGAGCGAUUGGGUGAGUUACGGAGGAGAAGAAGACUUAGUCACUCAGUCGAAAAUUCCAGUGAGUCCAAUUAUUUUUGAGUUGGAGAACAGUUUAACUGUUUCAAAAAAAUCACGAAUGUCGGCUUUCAUUUUCAAUUGGCAUACGAAACAGAAAUAUUUUUCCCAUCGGACCUCUGUCACUUCUCAGUGUCUCUCCUCCAGUGUCUUCGUCAUAAUAUUAAUCAUUGCAUUCGUCUUCUUCAAAAUCCAAGUGUCAGUGGGAACUAUCGUAGAAAACGAAGCAAUGUAUAAGGAUGAAUAUCUAAACAAAUAGAAGGAUACAGGUAAUUUUUGUAGUUAUCCGUGUAUAUUUGAUACUCAACAAAUUCAAUCCCCGGCAACGUCAGAUUUGUGUUGAGAGUUACAUAUACGUGCUUGAAAACUGUAGAAGUAGAGUAAUAACCUUAUUUCUUGACAGUAUUCCACAGAGCCGCAAUAGAUACUGGAAUGUUCUGUGUUUCAAAUUCUCUGUGACAUUACUCAUUUGUCGUUCUUUUGUGAUACUGAAGCUGUACGUGCGCCGCAUGCAAGUUUCUAUCAUAUGCCACAAUGUAUACAUAUUCUUGCAUUUUCUCUCAGCCAGAUUUGUACAUCACAGUGAAGCGCCUUUCCAUCCAUAGAUUAGUCACCAGUGACAGGAAGUCACCCAAUAGACCGAUCCCAUAGCCCAGCUCAACACUGAUAAAACGCAGAAAUGCAAAAUAAAGAAUUUGACUGGAGAUGCAGCCACUUCCAUAUUGGCCGAACCACUAAUUUUCCCUACUAUCAUUGGUUUAAUUGCAGGUUCUGUUGGGAAAUAAGGAUCGGUUUAUUCAACCAAAAGUGAUCCUUAUACUUGGAACUGUAUCUUGUUUCUAGGAAGAUGCAGUUCUAUUUUCAAAUUCAGCUUGUAACAGUGUGACGUCAAAAGCCACACGCCCAAACGCAAAUGUUUAGCCUUAGGCUCUACAAGAUGGUUGUACAGUGACCGUACAGCGCGAAAAUUUAUGUCACCUUUGGUUUGAUCAUUGGAAUAUGAUGCAAGAUUUACAUGUAUGAUUUAAACGACAACAAAAUUCACAACGUAUUUAUAAAGAGAAAUAUUGUUCAGAGAUAUGCCAAUUAUUCAGCGGUUGCAGCCUCGUGUAAGUGGAAAUGAUCAUGAAAGUGAAGAUGCAGGCCGUAUAGAUAGUGCAUUAACAAGUGUCUUGAGAGAGGCGCUGCGAGAGUGUGAUUUAUAAUCGCCAAAAAAGAGAUAUAAUUCUAAUCAGUGCGACACAAAUGUGCGAUUGGAAGUGUGUAAAUGUGUCUAUUUUUGUCUAAUCCCAAGUCGUAUUACGUGGCACAGUCGAAUUGAAAACUCAAGUCAUUUGUGAUACAUAUGCAUCCUGGUCAAACUGUCGCUUUCCUUAAACGUUGGUUGUUUAUUUUGUUGAUUGUAAUAAUAUAAUAGUAUUCCUAUUGGUUUUGUGUGUGGUUGUAUGUGGUGUAAUAUUUUAGUGCCUUCGUAUGAGAAAUGCGUUUUAAUUGAAGCUCAAACUUUUCAAUUCUGUAAUGUGAAAUUCUGAUUUUGUGACCGCAUCUUGUGAUAAUACAAAUGUGAUGGCGUUAGAAGCUAAUUCCUUUUGUGAUGAGGUAUAUAUAUGUAUGAUGUCAGUCAAUAUACGAGUUUGCUACGAAACUCAAGCAUUUUAA